AUGGCACCGAGCUCGAGACACGCGAGUUUAGAAAAAGAUGAACACGCUAAUGAGGCAGCGUGGCAGGCGGCGAAAGGAGCGGCUUGGGGUGGGACAAAGUGGGGUGCAGCUUUCGCCGUAGCAGGCGGAGUAGCAUAUGCCUUUUCACCAGUAUAUCGCGGCAUGAUUCUUGGUGGCUAUCUCGAGGCUGAGAGGCGCAUGUGGGCAUAUCAACAUCACAUCAGACACCAGCGAAGGAUAGCGCGCGAUACGGAGGUUUGGAGGAGGUAUGAGGAGGACUAUGAGGAGAGGGGGACGCCGGGGGUGGGAGCGGAGAGUCAGGUGCAUAGGAAGGGGCCGGAUGCUUGA